AUGGCAUCUAAUUCAUCGUCCAUCCGAGUCUAUGACAAUCCCCCCGGCCUUUUGAUCAAUCACGAUUUCACAAUUCAUGUCCAACCAACCGGUGGAGAUGCACGAAUAGGAUGGACUCAAGUUGCAGUUUACGCUAUUGAACUCGCAAACGCGAGCACCGUCUCCAACAACUUCAAUCAUCAUUCCGUGGCAUUGGCAUCGUUCGACUUGAGCAGACCCGUUAGGGUUCGAGUCACGUAUACGGCGGGCCCAGUCAAAUCCGCAGUGAUUCGGCCGCAGUCACGGAGCAUUGGUUGCCAUCUUCUAGAAAAUGAAGUUACCUUCACUCUGGAUCAUGCUCAAGAUGUGAUGCUCGAGCUGGAUGGCAACAAGUGGAAGGCCCUUCAUCUUCUCACAAACACCAUCGUCCCAGAUGCACCAACGGAAGAUGCUACAGACCUUUGGUACUUUGGACCGGGCAUAAACCAAGGAGCCGCCUACUCAAGAGUGACUGACGGUGUGAACCUCAUGGUACCAUCGGGGACCACUGUGUAUCUUGCCGGUGGAGCUUUCGUCACUUGCCGGAUAAACUUCAUCGGCGUCUCAAACAGCGCUAUAAGAGGACACGGCUUCAUCAUCGGACCCAAAGGGGGGUAUGAUAUUCGAGAACACGGUGGCGCAAUCCACAUGAGUCACUCGAGCAACAUUCUGGUAGAGGGUGUCACAUCCCUAGGGGCGAAUGGGUUCAGCCUCUCUGCAGGAGAAUGCAAAAGUGUGCAUGUGAAUAGGUAUCGCUCUUUCUCGUCUUCUGGCAACGGGGACGGAGUGGACUUCUUUUGCUCGUCGGACAUCAUGAUUGAAAAUUGCUUUUUGCGCAACUCGGACGACACUAUUGCGCUAUAUUCCCACCGAUGGAAUUGGUAUGGUGAUUCCAGUCGCAUCACAAUUCAGAAUUGUGUAUUGCUCCCCGACAUAGCACACGCAAUCAACAUGGGCACACAUGGAAAUCCCGAGAGCCCAGAAACGACCAGUGAUAUCACCAUUCGAAACAUCGAUAUUUUGGAUCAUGAGGAGAAUCAAAUGUGGUAUCAAGGAUGUAUUGCUAUCAAUGCUGCAGACUCAAAUCUAUUCCAAGAUAUCCAUGUGGAGGAUGUUCGAGUGGAAAGGAUUACCCAUGGUCAACUUCUGAAUCUUCGAGUAAUGCAAAACACCAUGUGGACCACCGCGCCUGGAAGAGGAAUCCGAAAUCUGACCUUCAAGAACAUCUCUUUGUGCACACGAGACUCCAAAAUUAUCAACCCAUCUAUGAUUUUGGGUUAUGAUCAAGCUCGCCAAAUUGAGAAUGUCACUUUUGAAAACCUUAAGAUCGAUGACUUGGUGGUCUAUGACCAGAUGGACAAGCCUGCGUGGUACAUGGUUUCGGAUUUUGUUCCAUUGUUCGCCAAUGAGCAUGUCAAAAAUAUCAAGUUCGCUGUAUCCUAG